GGAUGUAGUGUGUACUGUAUAAUUUAACUUUUAAAGAAUUAACAAUGGAAUCGGAAUCGGACAAAUUAAUUACUUCAUUUCACAAAUAACACUUGAUGAAGAUUUUUACCUUUCUGCUUCAACAUUCGUAGCAUACGUUGUUGCUUCAUAGCUAAAAAAAACUGUAUGUUAUUAUAUAUACAUACUAGAAGAAUUGGACGUAAUAAGACCUGGAAAUUGAUAUUGUAUUGGUGUUUUAUUUGAUAUUAAAGCUGCGGAGGCUGUUCUGUGUAGUGCUGUAAACACAAGUAUUUCAACGAAGAAAAAAGCAACAGCCAUAAUGUAGAUUUAUUAGUAAAAAAUAAAAUAAAGAUUGGCUACAUUUGUAGUUGUGCACUUACCUUAAUUCAAUGUUUAACACUAAAACUAUAAUAUUAUGUGCUGUAUAAGUUUUUUGUGUCGUGUUGAACUUGGAAAUAAUAUUUCAGUACCAAAUUUUUCAUUACUGAUAGUUCCAAGGUAAAAUGUUAUGUUCUAAAAAACUCAGAUAUCCUAUAAAAUCUUAAAUUAAAAUGAUGACGUUAUUCUUAUGAAAAAAAAGUAAAGUGAGAUUCUGUUCCUCUUCUGAAUUAAAGUCAAUAAUAAAUAACAAAGUUUGGAAAUAAUACCAAAAAGUAAAAAAAAAAAUAAUAAAUAUGCAAAAAAUGUGAUGUUAGUGAAAUAUUUUUGAAAAAUUUUGCUUCAUUCUAAUAUAAAAACGUCAUAAAAUAUGCAUUGGAUUAGAAUUAUAGCAGUGAUUUUCAUGGCUAAUACUUUGCCAGCAAAACGAGAUUAUAAAGUUAAAGCUACACCGCUUUCUAUUCAUAGACCUCGGCCAUCCAUUAAUCCUUUUAUAUAUCAUUGGCAACCAGCAAGGUUUGAUAGAAACGUUUUAGAAGACGCACAUAAGCAUCAUGAAUUACAUCGCAGAAGAAAACGAAAUAUAAACUAUGAUCACCAUUCUUCUGAUUAUGGUCCGGCAAAUGUAAUUCGUUUGAGUUUUUUCGCUUACGAUAGAGAAUUUCGUCUUCUUCUUAGAGAAAAUCCAAGUUCAAUAUUUGCGUCAGAUGUUCUAAUAGAGAAUACUGAGGGACCACUUGAUUUUGACGUAUCACGCGUAUAUACUGGAUAUUUGGAAGAUGACGACAAAUCAUUUGUGCAUGGAGUGUUAACAUCGGACAGAUUGUUUGACGGCACCAUAUCCACAAUUACAGAGCAUUAUUAUGUAGAACCAGCUAGUAAAUAUUUUCAAAAAAUAGAUAAAAGGGACUUUCAUUCUGUGGUAUAUAAAUUAAGUGAUGUCAAAUUGAUGAACAAACCUCCAAAUAAAUAUUUAGAUAUCAAAAAUAAUAAUAAUAAUAAUAAUAGUGAUAAGAAUAAUACAAAUAUUCAACAUUGUGCUAGUGAGAUAUUAUACAAGAAAAUGCUGAAACAAAGAAAAUCUAUUUUACAUUCAAACGGUCAUCAUAAGUCUGAUAUUUUUAACUACCAGAAAGAAGCAUUAGAGAAUGAAAAAAUCAAAGAUAUAUCAAAAUUAAUAAAAUUUAAGCGCAAAAAAAGAUGGUUAAAUGAUGAGAUAAGCGAACUUCGUAAUCCAUCACCGCCAUUAGAUCUAGAUAUACCUUUUAAUGAUGACAUGGGGACUGUUUUGACACGUUCGACUAAUGCAAACAAUCGUGAUCAAUUUGGUAGUAUAGAUCAAAGAACAAAUAGUAACACAAGGAAGAAUAUUUUAAUAAACACAUACAAUCCAUUUAGUGAUUCUACGCAACGUAAUUCAAUUUUAUUAAAAAAUAAUAGAAACAUAAUCGUGAAUACAUAUGAAAAUAGUAGUAUUAAUAAUUCUGUUAACAUAUAUUCUCAUAAUACUGUAAAAAAUUCAACAUCGCGACCAAGUCACAAAACACACGUGGAAAUUAUUACGAAAAAUGGUGCAACAAAGAAACCAAAUAUAAUUGUGAAUAACUAUGAUCCAGAUAUCACAAUUACAGGCAAUAAUCAAAUUGAUAAGUUUGAUUUUAAUGAUCGUAAUGAAAUAAAAGAAAAAAUUGCUUCAAUGAGUACUGAGGAACGCAAAAGUACUUGUAUGCUUUAUUUACAAGCUGAUCAUACAUUCUUUGAAAAGAUGGGUUCAGAUGAAGCCAGUAUUGAAGCUAUCACAAGACAUGUUCAGCGGGCUAAUACUAUUUACAAAAAUACAGACUUUGACGGAGACGGAAAAGCUGAUAAUAUUACGUUUAUGAUAAAACGUAUAAAAAUACAUAAUAAAAAUGCGCUAAAAGAUCCAUCAUAUCGUUUUCCCGGUAAUUAUGGUGUAGAAAAAUUCUUGGAACUCUUUUCUGAAGAGGAUUACGAUGCAUUUUGCUUAGCGUACAUGUUUACAUAUCGUGAUUUUGAAAUGGGAACACUAGGAUUAGCUUGGACAGGAGACCUCAAAAAUGCUGGUGGAGUAUGUGAAAAGAACGGGCAUUAUCGUGGGUCAUUAAAAUCGUUAAACACUGGAAUUGUUACAUUACUCAACUAUGGUAAACACGUUCCACCUGCUGUAUCACAUGUUACUUUAGCUCAUGAAAUUGGCCACAAUUUCGGAUCACCGCAUGAUCCUGAACAAUGUACUCCUGGAGGAGAAGAUGGAAAUUUUAUAAUGUUUGCUAGAGCAACGUCCGGAGAUAAGCGUAACAAUAACAAAUUUUCAUCAUGCUCAUUAAGAGCUAUUGAGCCUGUUUUAAAAGCUAAGGCACGUAGUGCCAAAGGAUGUUUUACAGAACCACAAAAAUCAAUAUGUGGUAAUGGAGUUGUAGAAGAUGGAGAAGAAUGCGAUUGUGGUUGGGAAGAAGACUGUAAAGAUUCUUGCUGCUACCCUAUGUCUCGACAUCCACGAAAAGGUGAAAUGCCCUGCACACUUACUCCAAGGGCAAAUUGCAGUCCAUCGCAAGGACCUUGUUGUACAAAUGUAUGCACGCUUAAAAUAGGUGAUAAAUGUCGUGAUGACAAUGGGUGCCGAGAUCCAAGUUAUUGUGAUGGAAGCACGCCUCAAUGUCCAGCAAGUGUUAAUAAAGCAAAUAAAACAAUUUGUAACAAUGAAUUUGUAUGUUACAUGGGUGAAUGCACCGGUUCAAUUUGCCUCGCCUACGGACUUGAGUCAUGCCAAUGCAUUCCUGGCCCUGAUGAUAAUAAGACCAAAGCGUGUGACUUGUGCUGCAAAGAACCAGGAGAAAAUAAACAAUGCAAGAGCUCCCGUGAGUGGAAUGAUCCACCUUUUGAUGUCCCAGAUAUGUAUGCUAAGGCAGGAACUCCAUGCAAUGAUUAUAAUGGAUAUUGUGAUGUUUUUCACAUUUGUCGCGAAGUUGACCCGUCUGGACCUCUUGCAACUCUCCGAAAACUAUUACUUUCCGAUGAAAGUAUUGCUUCAUUUAAAAUGUUACUGAUGAAAUAUUGGUAUUUGGCUCUUUUAAUUUUAAUUAGCAUCAUUGCAGCUUCUAUAUUGGCUCUGAAAUAUUUCGGAAAACAAACGAAUUUGAAACUGAAGAAUGUAACAAUAAUACACAGCAAUACAGCAGAAGCGAUACGAUUGUUUGAAGAAAAUAAUGGGAUGAUCGUUCAUACGGCUGUUCGCAAGACAGUUCCUUUAAAGAAAAAAGUUCGAAGCACGAAAAUCAAAAAGAACACAAAAAAUAAUUCUAAGCAAACAACAAAUGUUACAAAAAAUCACAUACCAAGUUCAUCGGUAAAAGCUGCUGUGCCUGCAAAUAACUUGCCAUCUCUAAAUACAUCUACUCCAAGAAAAAAAUCUGCUAAACAAAGUAGUCCCAGAAAGCUUCUGAGUAAAAAGAAAAGAAGCGCUUCUUUGACAGCAAACGAUGCAAGUGCAAAAAUAAUAGGCUCUGAAGAAGCUUUAAAGAAAGCUAAUAAAAAAUCUUCCAAAAAAUCAAAACUGAAAAAGGAAAUAAUUGAUUACAGUGAGAAUCAUGGUAAUACAUUUGGAAAAGUACAGAAAUGGUUAAUGGAUAACCCUUUAGUUACAAAUGUGCCUCCGAAUACUCAAAUCAAUCAUACUGCUCAUAUAGGUAAGAUUAUAAGUAAAUCACAGUCCACUCCAGAAGGAUUAACAACGAACCAACAAAAUUGUUUGCCAGUAUCACCUAAAAAAGCAAAAAUUAAGACUAAAUCUGUUGGAAAUUUUAAUGAAAAAACGAAACUACAAGUAGUGUAUAAGCCACCGUUUAAAUUUAGUUUGAAAUUUUCAAAAAAUGAAAAUAACGUUAAAACUCAAAUUGUCAGUGGAGCGCGAAGUAAAGUUGAUCGUAGCAAAGGGCGAGUGAUUGAAAAAAAACGCGUUAAUUUGACAAAUGAUAAUGAAGAAACAACGAGCCCUAAAAAUGUCAGCAAGACACGCAGAAGUGCGAUUCUUGUACGGUCGCUAAUGAAUCCAGAAACGCCAUCGCCAGCAGAAAAAAAUAAAGAUAUAGAACCAACGUACGAAACAUUGAUUCCUAAACAAAACAAAAAAGAAUCAAAUUCAGUAUUAGAAAACAUCCCAGUAAAUUCAACAAAAGAAAUAUUAAGUAACUUAGGGAAAAAUUCACAGUAUAUUGAUACAGCCACUUUUCGUAUUAAAAAAUGCGUUAGUAGCAGUACAAUAUCAAUGCCUUCAAUAAAUUCAAGCCCGUCCCAUGGUCAACAUAAUGUACCGCCGCAACAGAAUUUUAGCAAACACAUUCACAAUAUUGUCAACAAAGAUAAUACUACUUCCAACGUGCAUCAAGCUUCCGGUCAUAGUCGACGAUCAAGUCUUUCGAACAAUCUGCCCAAACAAAGUUUUGGAGAAAGUUCACAAAAUAUUUUGCGAUCUAGUACAACAAACCUGUCCAAAGCGAAUCGAAACAGUUUUCAUAUCAAUCCAAAAAGUUAUGAAUUAAAACGCAGUAGCACAACGAAUUUAACAAAAGAUACAAAUCAUCAUUACAAUUCACAAGCGAACCUGGAUGAUUCGGCAGGCAUGAAUGGUAGAAGUCGAAAAAGUAGUGUAACGUCCCGACAAAAUAUAUCUCGAACGUCAUCGAACUCUAAUUUAUCAAAAAUGAACCGUCAUCAUGAAACCAGUAGUAAUAUUCCUAGAGCAAACAUUGGCAAAGUAUCUCUGCCAUACGAAAUGCAACGGCAGACUUCUCUGUCCUACCCGUCAAACCCUUCCGAAACAGAGAUCAAAAAUGAGUAUCACAAAGCAAGACCACAUACUGCUGACGUUACGGAUUGUAAUAAAAUUUUUGAUUGGCCACUGCCUCUUUCCUCUUUAGAACGCAAACCCAAAGAUGAGCCGCUGCCAAGUGAUAUGGAAGUGAUGUUGUCAGAUAUAGAAAAUCUUAGAUAAUAUUAGCGAAAAUUGUAUUUCAUGAGAUAUAUUUUUAAACGUAUUAAUUAAGACAAUCAGUUUUUAUUCUCAAUAUUAACGUUUUAAAGACAGAUGCGGCCCAACCUUAUGUAAAGGUACUUAAUUAAAAAUUUUGUAAAAAUGGGUUUUGAAAAAUGAUUAUGAUUUCGACGUAAAUCAAAAGUCGAUGAUUGUCUCUUAGAAAAUAAAACAAUACAACUAUCUCCUUAUGCUUCUUAUAGGCUUCGAUACAAAUGAAAAAUCAAUCGUGCCAAUUUUACUUUUUUAAUAUUUGUUAUUGCUCGAAAGUGCCAACUGUAAUAUUAAUAUUUUUUUAUUUGACAAUAAGGCUGCUUCAAUUUUUUUUUCAACUUUUUAUCCCAUGCCCCACUUCAAGAGCCGAAAAUCUAAUGGGGCCAAGUAAAAAAAAAGUUAAAAUUUUCAUCAAAAAUUACUGUUUUUAUCAGGGUCGAAAAUCUUUUGACUUUUUACUUUUUAAGGCUUAAUCUUUGACUUAAGUAAAAGUAAACCAGAUCAAGCUGUAUCCGUACCGCGUACGUUCAACGGUACCGCAUUUGAGAUGUAUAAGUUAAGAGUGGUAUUUAAUUGGGAUAUUUUAAAUUUAAUUAUUUACCCGGAAUGUCUCGAAAUGCACCCAUUUUGAGUACAUUUCGGCUGCAUUCUGUAUGCAUUCCGACAUUCCGAAUGACAUUCCGGCUGCAUUCCGACAUUCUGGCUACAUUCUGCAUUCCGGCUGCAUUCCGACAUUCCGGCUGCAUUCCGAGUGCAUUCCAAUUAGGCCACACAUGACGUACGACAUCUCCAGCAUAAUGCCGCAUUUUUUCUUCGAAAUGCGGUAAAAAAUAAUUUGACUUAAUAGACUUUUCACUAAAGCUUAAGCUGAAGAAUGAGACCUUUUGACUUUUUGAAGAUUUAAAAAAAAAAUCA